AUACGCAAGUUAGACUUGCAGAACUUAAAGGAGUAGUAUUGAAUACGAUACCCUAUCCACAUUCUAAUACUAUUUUAACUCAGUAUCAAGAAGAGAUUAGAAAUCUCGAAAAGAAAACUAAUUAUCAAUCAGAAAUAGAUUCUAUUGACAAGUUAGCUGACUGGUUAGCUGGACCAGAAAAAGAUCAUAAGCCAAAAGAAUCAGAAUCAGUUCCUACUACAUUUGAUGAAUGGGUAGAUAAACAUUUAUGGUUGGGAAAAGAAGAUCCGAAACUUUCUCCUAAUGCCAAUAAACCACAUAUUACAUAUGAAUAUACUAAUAAAAUUCGUAAUCUGAUGGAUGAUGAUGAGGAAUAUAUUAUUGGGAUUGUUAAUAGUUUAAAAGAGGAAUGGGUUCCAGAAGAAAAACAAGAAUGGAAAAUGGAGUCUCAUGGAUGGAUACCAUCAUUUAAUGAAUAUUCUAAUGGGAAAAUCAAUAUACAUAAGCUUUUAAUAAUGGAUCAGAGGGCAUGGUUAUCUUGGAAAGAUGAAAAUAUAGAUUCAAAUAAAGAUGGAGACUAUUAUUUAGAAGGCCAACCAUAUGUAUUGCGUUACCAAUUUAUGGCAUGUUCAUGUCAAGAUUUAUUUGGUCCAGGUAUUCAUAAAGAUGGAACAGUUUGGUGGCAUACUCAAUUGCCAGUUCAUGUUCAUCAUAAUAUGAUAUUAGAAAUUCGGUCAUUUCUUUAUUAUGCUACAGAAUAUACACUCUUUACUAAAAUCUGGAAAUCAGAUAGAUCUGUAGAUGAAGAGAUCGCAGAUAAGGGCUGGCAUUUUGAUAAGAAAAAAAAGGCUGGCAGUCUCACUGGGGAAGAAAUCACUCCAGAACAACUUAUAGGAAUUGAUCAAUAUCUAUAG